AUGGCCAACAGCUAUUCGAAGCCAAGAGUCACGAAGAAUGGCAGAAAAGUCCAAUUGAGCUAUGAAUUGCCUCAUCGGAUACACACUGUCAAAGUAUACCCAAUCAAAUCACCGAACGACUCAAUCAUCAUACUCUACGGCCAUGAAAACGGGGUAAGGAUAGUCUGGAGAGGUGGUAGACCAUUCAAGGAACCGUCAGAAACCCCCACAACCGCGGAAAAGACGAACGGCCGGACAAAUGCGGUGAUAUCUCUGGACUCUGAUGAUGAGGGCGGCCCUCCGAAAUUUGAGGAUAAGCCGGAGUUCGAAGACGAAGAAGAUUUGGAUCCAUCCAUACAAUAUCCGGAAAUACUGCAAACACUCGACAUACACUUUGGGACACCCGUACUCCAGUUAGCAACACUACCUAGUUCAGUGCUAAAAGCAGAAGGCGCAAGCUGGCAAGCGUUUCAGCCCUUGCAGCAGAAGAUAAUUUUCGCUGCAGGAUGCGCCGACAGCAGCCUGAAGCUGGUAACUUUACCAACAACACCACCAUCUCCCAUAAGCAAGGAUCGAUCCGAAUUCCGAAUAUCUUUUACAGAGGCUUACGCAGGAAAAGGCAAUUGGGGGGAGACUGUCACAUCCUUGACAGGGUCGCGCCAGGCAUCUGCUGGUAUUUCGUUGACCGCUAGAGUCGAGAAUACGUCUAGUUCGUCGAGAAGCACUCCACAAAUCAUUGUCGCAUCACAUACUCCGGAAGUUAGCGGGGUACUGUACAUGUACAAAGUCUCUACAAAAUCUCCAGAAGCACACCUACAGCCAUUUCAAAAGAUAUACCUAUCAUCCCCUGCCAAAUCUAUAGCAUUCAACCCGUCAUUGGAUGGACAGCGAUCAAGUCACUUAUUAGUAGCGGACAAGAAAGGGGCAUGUCGAAUCUAUGACUAUGCGAAACUGUCAACCACCUCUGACGAAGGUACCGAAGGGAAUGUCAUCCAAGAAGGCACAUGGCUACUUUCAUUAUACACCCGAUUCGAGAGCCCAAAGAGUAAUCAACUGACACCUCGGUUGAUUGGUUCACAUACUGGUUUUGGAAGAAAGCCUAUCGUUGAUGCCAAAUGGGUAGCGGCUGGAAGAGCUGUGAUUGUCCUAUUAGUGGAUGGCGAAUGGGGAGUCUGGGAUAUCGAAGGAGCCGGACCCGGCGCUUCGAAAGGCUUACUCGGACCACAAGGUGUCAAAACUGGCGCUAUAUCGGAAUACAGUCUGACUGGCUUCAUCGAUGCUGCUCGUAAAACACAGCAAAGCGGUCCCCCUCAAAUCCCCGGAAAGUUUAUCCCAUCAACACCAUCUGCGAGUCGAUCUCUAGCCUUGUUUGGCAGCAAAGCUAACGUGGAAACUGGUCAUGGCGAAAUAUCUGUGAUGGAUAUUUCCUCGUCUGUCUCCAAAAACAUCCUGGAUGAAUCUAUUGUGUUUUGGCUAGGACAGACAUAUACCCAGAUACCAAACCUUUCCAAGUACUGGCGUGCGAACGCAGGCAAGAACGCCGACAAACCUUCUGGGAAUGCGUUAAAUAACGCUUCGGGCUCCGUGGCUGUGCGAUUGAACCAUGUGAAUCUUCAAGGCGAACGCUGUUCCGGCAUAGACCAAAUCCCAACAACAAAUUCUGGUGAUCUACCAACGGAACUAAUUGUUCUCGGCGAACAUCGCUAUAUCAUCUUAUCAACUCCGUCCAUCAGCAAGCAGCCAAAACCUAGGGCAACAUCUAACAAUUUGGCUUUGGUGGCAAGGAAUUCAACGACAUAUGGUGACUUGACAGUGAUGGACAUAGAUCAAGAGCUAGACAAGAUGGAAUAUCGAAGUUCAAAACGCAACAAGCUGUUUUAG